UCCACCGGUCGCCGGCCGGCCGCAUACCAAUGCCUAUCCGGCGGCUGCUCCGCCGCAAACCGCCGAGCAACCGCUCCCUUCCCGGACGAGAUCACCUCCACCGGCCAAACCCACGUCUCAUCCACGGCGUCUCCACCCUCCAACCCUCCGAGCUCGCCGCCGCCGCCCCCACCUCGGAGCAGUCGCGGUCGGCUCCGUCGACCUCCAUGCCGGACUCUCUCCUGGCGGAGAAGAUCCUCUUCAACCUGAAGCAAGGUAACGUCAGGGACCCUCGAAGCUACUUCUCCCGCUUGAGCCCUCCGGCCGUCGUCGAGGUGCUCCGGCGGUACCGCGACGACCUUCGCGCGGCCCUGAAGUUCGUCGACUUGGUUUCGUCUAACUGCCCCGGUUUCAAGCACUCGCCCGAGUCCUUGAGCGCCAUGGUCCACGUGUUGGUCCGCGGCCGGAGGUCAUCGGAAGCGCAGGGUUUGAUUCUCAGGAUGGUCAGGAAGAGCGGCGUCUCGCGUGCGGAGAUUGUGGAUUCUUUGAUUGAUGCUUGUCGUGAUGGCGGGUCGAGUUGUGCGGUGUUUAGCUUGUUGAUCAGGACUUACGUGCAAGCUAGGAAGUUGAGGGAAGGCGCCGAGGCUUUUCGGUUGUCGGGUAGUAAAGGGAUUCGUGUUCUUAUCGGUGCUUGUAAUGGUCUCCUUGGCGGGCUCGUGAAGGCGGGGUGGGUCGAUUUGGCGUGGGAAGUUUACGGCGAAGUCGUUAGGAGCGGUGUUCAAGUGGAUGUCUACACUCUUAACAUAAUGGUCAAUGCAUUGUGUAAAGAUCGUAAGAUGAAUGAGGUCAAAUCAUUUUUACUGGACUUGGAGGAGAAGGGUGUUUUUCCAGAUAUUGUUACUUAUAAUACUCUGAUUAAUGCUCAUUGUAGGGAGGGACUAGUGGAUGAAGCUUUCGGGUUGGUGAAUUUAAUGUCGGAGAAGGGCAUGAAACCAAGCCUAUACACCUAUAAUGCCCUUAUCAAUGGAUUGUGUAGAAAUGGAGAAUACACCAGAGCUAGAGAAAUGCUGGAUGAGAUGUCAGAAAAAGGUGUGAGCCCCGACAAUGCCAGUUUUAAUACCCUGCUCGUUGAGAUUGGUAGAAAAGGUAAUGCUGUGGAGGCUGAAAAGAUUUUCGAAGAGAUGUCACUGCGAGGUGUGGUUCCUGAUUUGGUUAGCUAUAGUUCGAUCAUUGGGGUGCUUUUGAGAUGUCACAAUCUUGACCGGGCUUUAAUGUACUUUAGGCGCAUGAAAAGUGCUGGGUUGGUGCCGGAUGGUGUAAUUUAUACCAUCCUCAUUGAUUGGUACUGUAAAAAUGGCUUAGUCUCAGAGGCUUUGAGGUUGCGGGAUGAAAUGCUGGAGCAAGGCUGCUUCGUGGAUGUAGUUACAUUUAACACUAUAUUGAAUGGUUUGUGCAAGGACAAGAUGCUUGUGGAGGCAGAUCAGCUCUUUCGCGAGAUGGAUGAAAGGGGUGUGUUUCCUGAUUUUUGUACAUUCACUACACUAAUUAAUGGGCACUGUAAGGAUGGGAAUAUGAACAAAGCAAUGAGCUUGUUCAAGACAAUGUCUCAAAGAAACCUAAAACCUGACAUUGUGGCAUACAAUACACUGAUUGAUGGUUUCUGCAAGGCGGGUGAAAUGGAGAAGGCUUAUCAAAUAUGGGACGAUAUGAUCAACAGUGGCAUAAGUCCAAACCACAUUUCAUACAGCAUUCUGAUAAAUGGUUUCUGUAGCACAGGAGCUGUUGCUGAGGCUUUUAGGUUGUGGGAUGAGAUGGUUAAGAGGGGUAUUCGACCUAGUCUAAUUGGUUGCAACACUAUAUUAAAAGGUUUUUGCCGGUCUGGAGAUGUAUCCAAGGCAGAUGAGUUCUUCAGCAAAAUGGUUGCUAAAGGAAUUCUUCCAGAUAGCAUUACUUACAACACUUUGAUCAAUGGAUUUGUGAGAAUAGAGGACAUGGAUAAAGCUGCUGAACUGGUUAAUAAAAUGGAGAACAUGGGACUGAUGCCCGACGUAUAUACGUACAAUGUCAUUUUGGGUGGUUUCUGUAGGCAAGGUAGGAUGCAAGAAGCUGAGCUGGUAUUGAGAAGGAUGAUUAGUAGAGGUGUGAAUCCGGAUAGAGCUACAUAUUCAGCGUUGAUAAAUGGCCAUGUUAGCAACGAUGACUUGAAGGAAGCAUUUCGGUUCCAUGAUGAAAUGCUGCAGAAGGGAUUUGUACCGGAUGAUAAAUUCUAGACCUCAUUCAGGGGACUGUCAAGAACGACCUUUUGGGUUAUUAUGCUUGAGGAAAUCAGAUUCCUCCAUGGAUGGAAGUGUCGGUCUAGGAACAAAAUGACAGGUUGGAGCAUUGCAAGUAGCAUGCUAGUUAUGUGUUCUUGCUACUUUUGUGACUGAAUUAUACAACACGGGUGUGACGAGUUUCAUUAAAUAGAUUGGCCAAUUGCGGGAGCUGUUCUAUUAUGUGGAAAAAAAUAAUGGUUCUGCAAACCUUCUGAUUUUAACUGAGUAUCACAUGUUCUUUUUUGGCCAAACUUAGUUUCACAGUAUAAAUUACAUAAUGUUCGGUUAUGUCAAAAAGUUUUUGAUUUUUUUAUCUGUUUUAUGCUCAUCCUGAACGUCCCUUCAACAGGUCUUUCCUUUUGCUUCCCUACAUCUAAAAGUUAUUAAGCUGCAGUCUAUUUGGUAUCUAGAUUGAAUUAUCUGUCAUAGUUGAUGGAACAGAUAUUAUGGUUUCAUAAUUCUCUAUCUCUGGGUCGAUUUGUUUCCACUUACUUAUUUUCUUCUUGUAAUUGUUUUUCCUGUUUUUCUUUUUUACUUUCUUGUUUCUUGGAUACAAAUAAUCCUUGGAUUUAAAAUCAGCUGCUAGAUUCCCACUUUGUGCAUAAUGUAGACGAGUUCUGACAUGGUCAUUAAGUGAAAUUCCUGCAAACCAAUUAAUCCUGGUAAACGCUAUCUGAAAUGUAUAUGAGCCAUCAGAGGAUCCACUGAUUGAGCAUGGUCUUGAGAUUGUGAAUUCGGCAAAAGAACAAGCUUCUCCUAGUGGUGUAAGAUUAGUGGCUGAUACUUUGUGGUCCGAAAUCUUUCCCAAAACCCAAAGAUGUUGGCAUCCGAUAGGUUGCUUGGUGGGAAAUAGUAACUUCCAUACUUUUUGCUGUUUAAUUCAAUUACUUCUAGUCUUCUCGGUUGGACACAGCCCCUAUACAGGAAUUUUUCUCUGGUUGUCACACUGCCUUUUCAAAUAUGCAGAAACUACUUUAGGUUGUACACGAGGCUCUACCAAAGAUGUCUUUGGUUGUUCCAGACUUCAGUUACUUACCUGAUGUAAGGGUACCUGGUGAAAAAGCUCCUAAUGUAUCAAGAAGGUCGGGAGGAGCUCAGAUCGUGGGUUUGAUGCAACUUUAAGAAGCCUUAUGAGUGACUUCUUUUGCGGGCCAAAGCCUAAUGGUCAUGGCAGAACAAAGCUGUGCAAUCCGGUAAAAGAUCUGUGGUAAUUUCGAGACUUAAUAUUUGUAUUCAUUUGUCAUAGGAUGCCCUGGAUGGUCAUGGUCGAUGUUGUGCAAUUUAUAUUGAUCCUCGAAGAUACAACUGUCCUCAGUACAUAAGAUCAUACGUGCUACUUAUUAGUUCUUCAAGCUAUUGUUAAUCUUCAGUAGUCCGGGUCGAUGUUGUAUGACAUUGCUUUUAUUUUGCUUUGAAUGUUUUCACAUAGUGAAGUAAAGGGGUUAUGAG